CGGAAAUCGGAAGUACUCGGGUGUUGUUCGGCUGCGAUGUAAAGUGGGGAGGGCGAAAGACCAGCGUUUUCCAACUGAACUUUGCUCGGUGGAUUUUGGAUGUUUCGCCCCGUUUCUUCUUAUCGUCCAGCCCGACUAUUGCGUACGUUUGUGUCCCUGUUUCCUGAGAGGAGGAGGAUGUUGAAGCUGGCUGGUUACGGCGCCCUGGCGGCGGUGCUGUGGCGGUACGCCGGGCUGGGGUGGGCGGGGGUUGUGGGCGGGAUCACCGCCGUGUAUCUCGUCACUGGCGGCUGGAGGUUCGCCCGUGUCGUGGCGCUCACGCUACCGAGAGAUAUUCAUGCUCUUGGAAGUCUGCUGAAGUUUAAGAUGGCCAUGAAGAAACACACCAGGAACAAGACCACCAUUCCAGACAUGUUCAAGGAGACAGUGGCCAGGCACCCCAACAAGGUCGCCUUCAUGUACGAGGAUGAGAUCUGGACAUUCCAGGAGCUGGAUGAGUAUUCCAACGCCGUGGGGAACUACUUCAGCCAGCUGGGGUACCGCAGCGGGGACGUGGUGGCCCUGUACAUGGAAUCCCGGCCCGUGUUUGUCGCUAUCUGGCUGGGCCUGGCCAAGAUUGGCGUGGUGGCUGCCCUCAUCAACUUCAACCUGAGGAUGGAGUCCCUGGCUCACUGUAUCAAUGUGUCGCAGGCAAAGGCACUCAUAUUUGGGGCUGAACUUUUCGAAGCUGUGGUAAAGUCUCGCUCGCUGCUGAAUAAGGAUCUCCAGUUGUACUGUCAGGGACGUCCAGCCAUGCGAGCCAUCGUGUCCUACACAGACCUGGACCCAGAGGUCACCAACUCUCCAAAACUCCCCCCACCGAUGGCUGUCACAGAAAAACCUACCUUCAAUGAUACUCUUCUGUAUAUCUACACCUCUGGCACGACGGGACUACCCAAAGCAGCAGUUGUCAAAAACAGCCGUUAUUUCUACAUGGCCAAUGCCGUCCACCACUUGUUUGGCCUGCGUAAAGACGACGUGGUUUACUGUACACUGCCGCUGUAUCACACGGCGGGCGGGAUCCUGGGCGUGGGACAGGCGCUCAUCUUCGGGAUGACGGUCGCUGUUAGAAGGAAGUUUUCCGCGAGCAACUUCUGGGACGACUGUGUGAAAUAUAACUGUACGGUUAUUCAGUACAUAGGUGAGAUCUGCAGAUACCUGCUGGCACAGCCAUCCCGCCCCUCGGAGACGCAGCACCGCGUACGUGUGGCGCUGGGACAGGGGCUGCGGGCGCGCAAUUGGGAACACUUCAUGAGCAGGUUUGGGAUCAAACAAGUCGCCGAGCUGUACGGAGCUACUGAAGGGAAUGUAAACAUUGCUAAUGUCCCUGGAAAAGUUGGAGCGUGUGGGUUUAACUCUGCCAUCCUGCCGUGGGUGUACCCCAUCAGACUGGUCAGGGUGGAUGAGGCCACAGGACAGCUCCUCAGGGGGCCAGACGGACUCUGUAUUCCUGCACAAGCAGGUGAGUGUGGUGAGCUGGUAGGAAAGAUUAUCCAGGGGGACCCCAUGAGGGAGUAUGAUGGGUAUGCAGACAAGCAGGCAACCAAGAAGAAGAUAGCCUAUGAUGUCUUCAAGAAGGGAGACAUGGCUUUCUUAUCAGGUGAUGUCCUGAUGAUGGAUGAGCUGGGCUACCUGUACUUCAGGGACCGGUCAGGCGACACGUUCCGCUGGAAGGGUGAGAAUGUGUCCACCAUGGAGGUGGAGGGCGCGGUCAGCAGACUACUGGACCACAGGGACACCGUGGUGUAUGGGGUGGAGGUACCAGGCAUGGAGGGUCGGGCAGGAAUGGCAGCUGUGGCAGACCAGAACAACUCCCUAGACCUGAAGAAGCUGGCCAGCAGUUUGAAGCAGGUUCUGCCUGUGUAUGCCAUCCCCAUGUUCCUCAGACUUACCAAAGCUGUGGACACUACAGGCACCUUUAAGCUGAAGAAAACAGACGUACGUAAGGAAGGGUUCAACCCUGACGUCAUCUCUGACCAGAUGUACUACAUGGAUCUGUCCGCGGGAACGUACAAGCCGCUCGACUCUGCCGCGUACCAAGAUAUCGUCAACGGGAAAAUACGCUUGUGAUAUCUUCCAUUUUUCCACCUUAUAUGUGUGUGUAUGGAUACAUUACAUAGGUCAAGUUCUUUGGAUCCCAACUAGUUGAAGAAUUAGGGCUAAUAGAAGAGUUUAGGACUGAGGAAAAUGAUUUUGGGGAUUUUUAAUGCACAAAGUAGAGUUAAAGCAUAUUAAUCAAUCAAUCAGUCAACGAACAAAUCAGGAGUCAGGUCUAGACAUAGCCUGGUUGCCAGCCCUGUUAGCUGUAUUCUCCUUUACUGAAUGCUACCAGGCAGGGGUGACAGAGCAGACUAAGCUAACAAGACUGGUAUCCAGGCUAAAUGACAUGUUCAAUGCAAAAAGAUACUUAAAUGAUGAUAAUAUAAUUGUGAGGUGAUGAACAAAAAACAGCAGAAUCAAUAGCUGUAAUCUAUUGGAAAACUUAAAAUUGACCCAAAUGACUUUUAAGUGGCACCUAAAAUAAUUGGAAUGAAUUUUCUGUAAAUUCUUCUUGUAGCUUACAUGUAAUGAAAUGAUUCUAUUACAUGUAUCAGUGAAAUAGUUGUUAAGACAUUUUACAGGUCUUCCUUCUACUUGCACUAUAGAAGAGGAGCUUGUGUAAUAGGUUUUAACCCUUUUAUGCUAAGUUAGAAAGGUAGAAGUAAAGGUUUUAUCUGAAGCUAGGAUGAGACAAGUUCAGCUUAGAGGAUCACUAAUGAAACGAUGGAGAGGACAAUGAUAAAAUGGUCACCCCUCCUGACACUUUUAAAUGGAAUAGUCCUAAAUUACUUGUAGUAUAAAUGCAACCUAUCUACUAUUAAUGCUAAACACACUUAGGAAAAUAUUCUCAAGCAUAUUCUCAAAUCUCAGGAUGUUUUUAGGUACAUGUAUACCUAAAUCUGUAAUGAAUAAUGUCUUACUUUGAUGAUGUCAUAUUUUCUUGUUCUUCUUCCUAUCUUUUUUUUACUUUUCUAAAUUGUAGAUUUUGUUAUUUUAUCACUUUACUAUUCAUCACUUUACUAUUCCUUUUGUACAAAAAAGUACCUUAGCACAUUGUAUAUAAGCUGGUUAUGAGGUUAUACAUGUAAUGUUGAAAUCUGAAUAUACUGUUAAGAAUGGCCAUAUGCCCUGAAGAUAUGAUAAGAGACACUGUAAGCUAGUUAUGUGGGAAUGAAUGGCACUAUCAAAGAUAAGAGCAUUGGAAAACUUGUGAUUUGAGUGAUAAUGUUGUUGAUGCCCAGUAAAAUUUAAGCCUGAUACAAAUUUAAAAUUGUAAUCGAGAUGAUGUCAAAAUACCUGUGGGUUGUUGGUAAGGAAAACAUAUAACUAUACACUGUGCAUGCAUGAAAAGAGCAGGAAAGCUUUAUGAGAAAGAAUUUCAAGUAUGUGAAUCGCAGCUAGUACUUAUAACUUGAGAAGUGGUCUGCAGGUUGCGUUGUGUGCUCAGAUGACAGCAUGUUUGGACGGCAAACCUUGCCAUUAUGUAAACACCUGGUGUUCACAGCACUAUUGUGUUGAUUGGUAUCCUAGCAACAAGGGACAACGUUCACGUGUUGUCUGGAGCUUAUGUAAGGUGGAUUAGAGGCAAUCCGUGCCAUUGUGUAAUCAGUUUGUGAACAAAGAUGUUUAUUUUGCACAAAGGUUUUGUUAUGAAUACUAACAGAUGAUUUUAUUGCUUUGUGAAUGAUGGACUGUCUGUUGAUAAUCUUGAUAAAGACAUACAUGUGUGCUGUUUUAAAAUGAUUUAUUUUUGGCCAUGCCUCAUUGGCAGAGCCUUGUUUUCAUAAUGUUGCUGCUCUGUUCUCUGUACUGCUAGUGAUAGUACAUGUAGUAAUGUUAGUUUAAAGUUGUGAAAUGUAACCAUUGAUGUGCAUUGAGUGUUCUAAGCAUCUAGUGGUCUUGGCAAUUUUGCUGUGCAUGUAUUUUGUUUGUGUGAUUUGAAUUCCACUUUACAAUAUAAAUAGCAAAAUAAUUUUCUAUCACAAUCAUGUCAAUCAAAAUUUGAUUAAGGUGGAUUUGACUUUAAUGUUUGGUGUGGAAAAGAGGAUUUGUUGAUGUUUUUGUUUGCAGUCCAGUGAUUGUAAAGAUGUUCUUGAAUGGGUGACUUGAAUCUGCUUUGCUUUGAAUCAAAGAACAACAUAUCGUUAUUUGUAACUAUGUUGAGGCACACUGAGAAAUAAAUGUGUGAAAACAACAGAUUUUCUCCCAUUUUGUAACAUACAGCAAAACACUGCAGCAAGAAACGAAACACCACUUAAAAAUGCACAAUAUAUUUGUUUAUUGUCUCCAUUGAGUAACACUUCCACUGCGCAUAAAACCCCAAGCUAGUGAAAAAUGACAACAGUAGUACACAACUAC